AAACGAAAAUGGACAGAACAAUGAAAAUAGUGAAAGGAAAAAUGUUCUAAAGAAAACAAGUCCAUACAUUUACGAGGCAACAUAAAAACAGCAGCAGAAGCACCAACAACAAAAGCUCAAAAAAUACAAUACAGUAGAGUGUAGUUAUUUUUGUACUAAACCAGAAAAAAUUCAUUCUUUUGCCAGAAAUUAAUAACGAAAAACUUUAAAAGAUUUACAAAAUCAUUCAAAAAAAGUGAAAACUAAUACAAAUUUUCUAAUAACAACAACUAAAACAAAAAAAUCAAAAAAGACCUCUUAACCAAUCGAAAUUGCCAACCAACAAUCAUUGAAAAUUUUCUAGUGUCUGAAACAGAAAAAAAUGUAAUCUUCAUGAAUUGACAUGGAAAAAUUAAUACAUCACACGUCCAAAUAUAAACAUUUUUGGGAUUUUUUCCUAAAAAAUUUCACAGUUGCUUUACAUUAACAAAAAACCGAAAUUUAAAAAAUUAAAUAAAACAAAAUACAAAACAUAAAUGAUAAUUAUGAAAUAAAAGAAAAAAUGUAUGAAUGAAUAAAAAAAUAAAUAUAUAGGUAUAAACGAAAAGAAAACACACCACACACACUGUGAGUGAGUGGUGCGUAUCAAUCAAGUGAAAUAAUGGAAAAAAUAUUUUGAGUGAAAAAAACGACAAGUAAAAGGACUGUAAUAACACAAACAAAAAGAGCAAAAAUAAAUAAAAUCUACUAAAAUUUUUAAGCGCCAUUUCUUGUAUUACCACCCAUUGUUGCUUAAAUGCAGAACCAUACUACACUUCACACCUAAACUUUUAAUAGCCUUGUAUGGGCGCCAAAACUCCCUAAGGAUAUUUUAAUAACGUAUUUUUACUUUUUUUGUUUAUAACAAUAUCAAACAGACACACUUAUUCAUACACAUGUAUAGUAAAGGCAAUAAUCGAGGAGGCCAAAAAGAACAGCAAUAAUAACAAUAGAAGCAGCCGUCGUCGCUCUAUUAAGUAUUGUCUAUGGACCUUUUAACUGCUCGUACAGUGUGUUCAACCUAAAUUCUUUAAACACUCCUUUUAGAAAAUUAAAUUGCAUUAAAUAGUAAAACCGAAUAAGCCACACAAACAACAAAGGUUAAUAAUAAAAUAAUACAACAACUACAAAUAAAAAAUCCUUUCUAAAAGUUUAUCCACACAUCAUAGAAGACAAAGAAAAAAACAGCAAAAAUAAAGUCUUCAAAACGGUGACAAUACUUGAUUCCUUUAGCUGCUCUUGCUCCCUGCAUCCUCCGGUGGACGAGUGAAAACGAAAAUCAUGAAUGCCAGUCUUAUGUAUGAGAUUCUCAUGUAUUUAAAUUCAUUCUAUUUCGGUCUGUAUGCCGCAUUUAAAGUAUGCAUCAGUGUGUUGAAGCCCAUCUAUUUGCAAUAUGCAGAGAAUGUUUUGACACGUGAGGCGAGUAUUUUAUUGGCCAUGUGCAUUUUGGAAACCAUACGCAUCAUAUUGGGUCGACGGAGUAGUUUAAGUGAUCGUGCUUGGCAAGCGAUAGCAUCUGUAAUAUUAACACUGCCCAGUCUUGCUAUUGUUAUUUAUUUAUGUUGUUUUCAAACCUAUGUUCUCAAACUUGAAAUUAUUAUGAGUGCCUUAAUGAUAGCCCUACAAGGUGCUGAACUAGUGUUUGCCUGUAUAUUUAUUUGUACCAUGUGUCGUCCGGUCACAUAUACCUAGCAGUUGAUUAUGUCAACGUCACCAACAACAUUAUCGUCGUCGUCAUUAUCAUUAUCAUCAGCAUCUGAAAUUUUAUCAUCAACAUCAUCGUCAUUAUCAAUUACGGAGGACUAUUUCUACUACGUUUUCUUCUUCAUUAUCCUGGAACAACAAUCGAAACUGCUACGUAAAUAUUGUCACAACAACAAAAACAACAACUAUUACUACUAUUGCAUCGUUAACAUUUGUAAUAUAACCGUUAAAAAUAAUUACAAAAACAACAACAAUAAUAAGAACUACAACAAUCCAUAUAUAAAUUAUGAAAAUUUUAAAAUCAACAACAACUACGACUAUAAUAAAACUUUAAACACAUUCGAUAGAAGCGAUAAACCAAGAAGUUGAAGUUAAAAAACUGUGUAAAGUGUGAUUUUUCGGCAUAAGAAACAACUUCCUUCAAAUAAUUUAUUAUUAAAAAGAAAAGCUAAAGUAUGCGUUAUUGUAAAAAAUCGAAAAAAAAAGAAAAAAUCCGUUAAAUUUCUCUAUAAGAUGAAAAAUAUACUAAUACGAACUCCUCACUCCUGCACACACUUAAUUAAAUUUGUCAAUAGAUUUUAUACUUGGGUGUAUGUGAGUGAUGUAAUUAUUAAUUAAAACAACAACAAUAUGUACAUUUUUCUCUCGCAAAUGUUGAAUUAAUAUGGAUAAAUCAAGUUUUUUUUUAAAUUUAAGGUUGGCCUGCAAUUAUGUCAGUUUUUCUAACUGUACCGUGCUUUCUUGGUGUAACCUAUAUAUUACUUUUACAAAAAUAUAAAAUACGUUUAGAAUAUGUACUUUGUACUUUACAAUUGGGUCUAUAUCUCACCGAAAUUUGGUAUGCCAUAUACUUUGUUUUUUCACUAUGUCGUCCAGUAACUUAUGAUUAGGACUAAAAACCAAACAAAAACUACAAAAAAAUUAUA